GCGCUCCUUGCUUGUGGAAGGUGAGUGAAUGUCUCGAGGAGAGGAAUCGAGAACGCGGCUGCCGGGAUCGAUUGGAUUAAACUUGAAUCGAGUGAAAUUAACACAAAGGAGAGAGAGAGUCAGCGAGGACGGGACACGCAGGCACUGAAACUAACAUCUACUGAAUCUGUACAUUUAAAGAACCGCAAAAACAAUAUAUUGCUGGAGAUACAUACUAACUACACUUUAUUUGAAACAACCCUAAACUGACCCAGCUAGCUAGUAAGCUAAUAACACGGUCCCGUAGCCUGACUUUGCCUGACACUGUGUUGUCUGAAAGAAUUAAGGAAAUAUGGAGUGACAUGCAGGAGAUUAGUUAACGGAUUAAAGGCUUUGAGGACAUACACCUCAGUGGAGGCCCAGAUUCGCUCGCCUGUCUCUGAAGCGCGGCGGGGAGGGAGGGUGGAAACGCAGCCAUGGCGGACCCCGGCAUGAUGAGCUUGUUCGGAGACGACGCCAAUCUGUUCUCGGAAGGGCUGGAGGGCCUGGGCGAGUGCGGCUACCCCGAGGGCCAGGUGAACCCCCUGGGCCAGCAGAUGCCCCUCGACCAGGGCUACGGCUCGCUCCCGUCAUCCCUCCACCACCCGUCGCAGGCGGCCCCCGGCCAGGGCCAGCCCAAGCUGAGCCACUUCGACCACUUCGGCCAGUACGAGCAGAAGAUGCACUUGAUGGAUCAGCAGGGGGGCCGCAUGCUGGGCGGCGCGCCCGGGAACGGCAUGUCCUCCCCGCACUCUCAGUACCACAACCCUCCCCCGCCGGCCGUCUCGCACGGCGGAGGGGGCCACCCCGUGUACCCGGGCAUGCAGGGGGAGAGGCACGGCCAGCCGUUCAUGGACGGCGGCUCCAUGUGGGGCCCCCGAGCGGUGCAAGUGCCUGAGCAGGUCCGAGCCCCCUUCCAGCAGCAGCAGCAGCAGCAGCAGCAACAGCAACAGCAGCCUCCGCCCUCGCAGCAGACCGGCCCCUCCGGGCCCCAGGGCCACAUGCAGCAGAUGGGGCCCUACAUGGGCCGGGGGGACUACUCCAUGCAGACGCACAACCAGGCGCCCACGCCACCCCGAAUGAACCAGUUCUCCCAGGUCGCGUCACAGGAGGGCGGCCGCGGGCCCGCUGGCAACCACUUCAUGGGGCACAUGGGCCCGCAGCAGAACCCCAACAUGGUGGGGCCCCCCAUGCGGCACCCGGUGCAGCAGCAGCAGCAGCAACAGCAGCAGCAGCAGCAGUUCCACCACCGGCCCGUGCCGGGCCCCAUGCACCCGGAGGCGGUGGUGCACAGCCCGCGCUUCUCCUCCAGCCCCUCCCAGCAGCAGCAGCAGCAGCAGCAGCAGCAGCAGCAAGCGGCCGGCAGGCCCCAGCAGAACAUGGGCUACAACCCGCGCAACCCGCCUGUCCCUCCCAACGCUGUGAACAACUCAGGGCAGUACCCACCCUACUCUGCGUACGGCGGCCUCAAUCAGGGAUUAGUGAACAGCGCGGGCAUGAGCCCCAGCAUGGGCCAUGCCGGUGGCAGCGGCCCGCCCAUGGCCCAGGUGCCGCGGUACCCCAACGCCGGCUUCCAGCCCGGCGGCCCGCAGGGACUCAUGCACCAGCAGCCCCUCCACGUAAACCAAAUCAACUCCCAAGCUAUGCACCCCUCCCAGCAGCAGUCCCCGGCAAAGCAGCAGCAGCAGCCGCCUCCUGCGCCCCAGGGGCCCUACGGCUCUCCCUCUCCCAUGUCGCCCCUGAAGGCCAUGGGGACCCCCGCCGGCACCCCACCCCCACAGCAGGGCCGCCCGGCCAGCGCCGGCAUGCCCAUGGACGUGUCGGGCUACCCCGGCAUGCCCCACCAGCCGGCGGGGCCCAUGGGUAUGGCCCAGAGGAGCAUGGGGCCCCGGGCCCUGGCCCCGCAGCAGCAGCAAGCCCCGCCCCAGCCCUACAUGGGGUUAUCCCCCGGCCAGAGGGAGCUGGGCGGCCCGCUGAGGCCCCCGGCGGGGCUCGGGGGCGGUCACGUGGACCCGCAGGGCAUGCAGGAGCAGCGGCUGCUGCCCGGGCCUCCCCAGCAGCCCCAGCACCCGGGCCAGCCGCUGCCACCCCCGCUGCCUUUCCCGAAGCAGCCCCAGCAGCAGCAGCAGCUGCAGACGUGCUCCUCCAUGCAGCAGCCGCUGCCGCAUCUGUCCCUGCACCACCAGAGCUCCCCGCCCCCGCACCCCCACCACCAGCCCUGGGCACAGCAGCACCAGUCGCCGCCCACCACCCAGAAAGUGCCUGUUCAACAGCCUCCUCCAUCAGAUCCAUCCAUCGAGAUGCCAGUAUCUGACAAGCCUCAAGCGGCAGGCCCGGACGCCCAGUCACUCAACUGUGAAGACCAGCAGGCGGAGGGGGAACAGAAGCCAAAAAAGAAGAAGAAGAAGAAGGCGAAGGCUUGCCUGGAGGAGGGCAAGAGCGAGGCCGCGGGGGAGAGCGUGGAGGACGGCCAGGGCCCCCUGAGGAGCCCCACAGAGGAGCCGUCCUCAGAGGAGAAGAAGAAGAAGAAGAAGCCAAAAGAGAAGAAGGAGCCCAAGGAGCCCAAGACUCCCAAAACGCCCAAGACGCCCAAAACCCCGAAAGAGCCCAAGGAGAAGAAACCGAAGGCCACCACUCCCAAGGCCAAGAGCGCCAAGAAGCCCAGCGUUAAGAAGGCUGACACAGAAACAAGCACUACAAAGAAGAAAGAAGUGAAACGUAAGCGGGAAUCCUCUGACAAUUCGGACGCCGAAAAAACGCCCCCUGCUUCACCGGAGGAGGAGGAUGAUCUGGGCGUUCAGAAGAGGCGCUCCAGCCGGCAGGUCAAGAGGAAACGCUACACCGAGGACCUGGAGUUCAGGAUCUCGGACGACGAGGCCGAGGACGCCGAGGCCGGCGGGCAGAAGUCCCCGUCAAACGCCUCUCAGUCUGAGCAGCAGGAGGCUCCCGACGCCGAGGGCCCCGUCGUGGAGAAGAUCAUGGGCAUGCGCAUGGGAAAGAAGGAGGUGGAGUCCGGGGAAGAAGUGGAAGUCGAAGAAUUCUACGUGAAAUUCAAGAAUUUCUCCUAUCUGCACUGUCGCUGGGCAGACCUGGAGGAGCUGGAGAAGGACAAGAGGAUUCACCAGAAGAUCAAGAGGUUCAAGGCCAAGCAGUCUCUCAAUACGUUCCUCUCAGAGAUUGAUGAUGAGCCCUUCAACCCAGACUACGUGGAAGUGGAUCGGAUUCUGGAUGUGUCAGAGAGCACCGAUGACAAUGGAGAGCCUGUCUGUCACUAUCUGGUGAAGUGGUGUUCCCUGCCCUAUGAGGACAGCACUUGGGAGCUGAAGGCGGACAUCGACCCGGCCAAAAUCGAAGAAUUUGAGAAGCUCAUGGCCCGAGAGCCUGAGCUUAAGCGAGUGGAGCGACCUCCUGCAUGCGACUGGCAGAAAUCCGAGAGUUCCAGGGAAUAUAAAAAUGGCAAUGCACUCAGGGAAUACCAGCUGGAGGGAGUCAAUUGGCUGCUCUUCAACUGGUACAACACACGCAACUGCAUAUUGGCAGAUGAAAUGGGUCUGGGGAAAACUAUCCAGUCCAUCACAUUCCUCUAUGAGAUAUUCUUGAAGGACAUCCACGGUCCCUUCCUGGUGAUCGCACCGCUGUCUACCAUUCCGAACUGGGAGAGGGAGUUCCGCACGUGGACCGAGCUGAACGUGGUGGUGUACCACGGCAGCCAAGCCAGCCGCAGGACCAUCCAGGCCUACGAGAUGAACUUCAGGGAUGCGCAGGGCCGUAUGAUAAAGGGAGCCUACAAAUUCCACGCUGUCAUCACCACUUUCGAAAUGAUACUGACCGACUGCCCGGAGCUACGCAGCAUCCAGUGGCGGUGCGUCGUCAUCGACGAGGCCCACCGGCUCAAGAACAGGAACUGCAAGCUGCUGGAGGGACUCAAAAUGAUGGACAUGGAACACAAGGUUCUCCUCACCGGAACGCCGCUCCAGAACACAGUGGAGGAGCUCUUCAGCCUGCUCAAUUUCCUGGAGCCGGAGAGGUUCCCCUCGGAAUCCACCUUCAUGCAGGAGUUCGGAGAUUUGAAAACCGAAGAACAGGUGCAAAAACUGCAAGGCAUCCUGAAGCCCAUGAUGCUGAGACGGCUGAAGGAGGACGUGGAAAAGAACCUGGCGCCCAAAGAGGAGACCAUCAUCGAGGUGGAGCUCACCAACAUCCAGAAGAAGUACUACCGGGCCAUUCUGGAGAAGAACUUCGCCUUCCUGGCCAAAGGAGGCCCCGGGGGCGGCGGCGGAGGGAACGCCAACGUGCCCAACUUGCUGAACACUAUGAUGGAGCUGAGGAAGUGCUGUAAUCACCCUUACCUUAUUAACGGUGCGGAAGAGAAAAUUCUGGACGAGUUCAGGGAGAUUCAUCACUCCGAGAACCCAGAUUUUCACCUCCAGGCGAUGAUCCAGGCAGCGGGGAAGCUGGUGCUGAUUGACAAGCUGCUGCCCAAGCUGAAGGCUGGUGGUCACAGGGUGCUGAUCUUCUCCCAGAUGGUGCGCUGCCUGGACAUCCUGGAGGACUACCUCAUCCAGAGGAGGUACCCUUACGAGCGCAUUGACGGCAGAGUGAGGGGCAACCUCCGACAGGCAGCGAUAGACCGCUUCUCCCGGCCCGAUUCGGACCGCUUCGUCUUCCUGCUGUGCACCCGAGCGGGAGGCCUGGGCAUCAACCUGACGGCCGCCGACACCUGCAUCAUCUUCGACUCGGACUGGAACCCGCAGAACGACCUGCAGGCCCAAGCGAGAUGUCACAGGAUCGGGCAGAGCAAGGCCGUCAAAAUCUACCGCCUGAUCACCAGGAACUCCUACGAAAGGGAAAUGUUCGACAAGGCCAGUCUUAAGCUGGGCCUUGAUAAGGCUGUUCUGCAGUCCAUGAGUGGGCGAGAGAACGCCGCUAAUGGGGUCCAGCAGCUCUCCAAGAAGGAAAUCGAGGACCUCCUUCGUAAGGGGGCCUACGGAGCUCUGAUGGACGAAGAGGACGAGGGCUCCAAAUUCUGUGAAGAAGACAUCGAUCAGAUCCUCCAGAGACGGACUCAGACCAUCACAAUCGAGUCUGAAGGAAAAGGGUCCACUUUUGCCAAGGCGAGCUUCGUGUCCUCCGGGAACAGGACUGAUAUUUCCCUGGAAGAUCCUGAUUUUUGGCAGAAGUGGGCGAAGAAAGCAGAACUUGACAUGGAUGUGAUAAAUGGAAGGAACAACCUGGUGAUCGACACCCCGAGGGUGCGGAAGCAGACCCGGCACUACAGCUCGGUGAAGGAGGACGAGAUGAUGGAGUUCUCCGAGCUGGAGAGCGACUCGGAGGACAAGCCGGCCGUCAAGCCCCGCCGGCCCCAGGACAAGUCUCAGGGCUACCCGCGCAGCGAGUGCUUCCGAGUGGAGAAGAACCUGCUGGUGUACGGCUGGGGACGAUGGAGCGACAUCCUGUCUCAUGGGCGAUUUAAGCGUCAGCUGAAGGAGCAGGACGUGGAGACCAUCUGCAGAGCUCUGCUGGUGUACUGCCUGCACCACUACAAGGGCGACGAGAACAUCAAGAGCUUCAUCUGGGACCUGAUCACCCCGACGGAGGACGGCCAGACCCGCGCCCUGCUCAACCACUCCGGGCUGUCAGCUCCAGUUCCCAGAGGCCGCAAAGGGAAGAAGGUGAAGACCCAGGUGGCCCAGCCCUACAUGCGCCAGGCCGACUGGCUGGCCAGCUACAACCCCGACGUGCUGCUGCAGGAGGACAGCUACAAGAAGCACCUGAAGCACCACUGCAACAAAGUCCUGCUGCGGGUCCGCAUGCUCUACUAUCUCCGGCAAGAAGUCAUCGGCGACCAGGCGGACAGGAUCUUAGAGGGCACGGAUUCAAGUGAAAUAGACAUUUGGAUCCCGCAACCUUUCCACGCGGAGGUGCCUACGGAUUGGUGGAACAAGGAGGCCGACAAGUCCCUCCUCAUCGGAGUCUUCAAGCAUGGCUACGAGAAGUACAAUUCGAUGCGGGCGGACCCAAGCCUGUGUUUCCUGGAGAGAGUGGGGAUGCCCGAUGCCAAGGCCAUCGCUGCAGAACAGAGAGGAGCUGACAUGAUGGCAGAUGGUGCUGAGGGGGGCGAUUUUGACAGGGAGGAUGAGGACCCUGAGUACAAGCCGGCCAGGAUGCCCUUUAAGGAUGAAAUGGAUGAGUUUGCAGAUUCACCUCUUGAUGAUAAGGAAGAGGCCAUGGAGACUGAGAAUUCAGCUGUGAAGUCGAGUGAAAACCAGGAGUUCGGGAAGCUGUACUGGCCCAACAGCUCGGCGCUGACCACCAGACUGCGCCGGCUAAUCACGGCCUACCAGCGCAGCUACAAGAGGGAGCAGAUGAGGCAGGAGGCCAUGAACAAGAUCGACCGCCGGAGGCGCCGGCCGCGGGAGGAAGUGAGGGCCAUGGUGGCUGAGAGGGAGGCCAUCAUCACGGAGAGGCGUCAAAAGUGGACCAGGAGGGAAGAGGCCGACUUCUACCGCGUGGUGUCCACGUUCGGCGUCAUGUACGACACCCACAAGAAGCGCUUCGACUGGAACCAGUUCCGUGCCUUCGCCCGCCUGGACAAAAAGACCGACGAGAGCCUGGAGAAGUACUUCUUCUCCUUUGUGGCCAUGUGCAAGAGGGUCUGCCGCAUGCCCGUCAAAGCAGACGAAGAGCCGGCGGACCCCACCAUCCUGAUCGAGCCCAUCACCGAGGAGCGUGCCUCGCGCACACUGUACCGCAUCGAGCUGCUGCGCCGCAUCCGCGAGCAGGUGCUGCCGCACCCGCAGCUGGACGAGCGCCUCAAGCUGUGCCAGGCCAGCCUGGACCUGCCCGAGUGGUGGGAGUGCGGCCGGCACGACAAGGACCUGCUGCUGGGCGCCUCCAAGCACGGCGUCAGCCGCACCGACUACCACAUCCUCAACGACCCCGAGCUGGCCUUCCUGGAGGCCCACCGCAAGUUCGCCCAGAGCAAGAGCGGCCAGCUCCCGGGCGGGCCCUUCCCCGGCCAGGGCCAGCCCCUGGCGCCCGCCGUCCCGCUCAAGAAGGAGCCGGAGCAGGACCCGCCCGGCGCCAAGGCGGAGGACGCCGACGCCCCCGAGGAGAAGGCGGAGAAGAAGCCGGAGGCCGGCUCCCCCAAGGCUGAGGUGAAGGAAGAGGAGGAGGAGGUGAAAAAGGAGGAGGCGGAGGUGAAGGAGGAGCCCGGCAACGGGGAGGAGGCGGCUCCCAAACCCGAAGAUGGGGAGGGGGAAGGGGACGCGACCCCAGCGAAAACCCAGCCAGAGAAAGAGGAGCACGAGGUGCAGGAGACCGGGGAGGGCCCCACGGGCUCUGAGCCCAAAUCGCUGUCUGAGAAGGGCUCGGAGGAGGAGGACGAGGACAAAAUGGACGAGGAUGACAAAUCGGAGGAGUCUUCCCAUGCAGAAGCCGGCGCCGCCUCUCAGGGGAAGCACUUCGACGAGGAGAGCAACGCGUCCCUGAGCACGGCCCGCGACGAGACCCGCGAUGGCUUCUACGCCGAGGACGGCGAGCCGUCGGCCGCCCACAUCCUGCACGAGCGGUCCUUCUCCUACUCCUUCUGGCCCAAGGACAGGGUGAUGAUCAAUCGCAUGGACAACAUCUGCGAGGCGGUGGUCAAGGGGAAGUGGCCGGUGAACAGGCGUCAGCUGUUCGACUUCCCGGGCCUGUUGCCUGGAUACACUCCCGCUGCCAUGGACAGCCCGCUGCAGAGGAGGAGCUUCGCCGAGCUCUCCAUGGUGGGUCAGGCCAGCUACAGCGGCAGCGAGGACGUCACCCUCUCUCCCCAGAUGGCCAAGGACGAGGUGUUGAGCAUGACGGCCCCUCGGCAGCGUCGCCGCAGGAGGAGGAAGGUGGAGAUCGAGGCGGAGCGGGCGGCCAAGCGCAGGAACCUGAUGGAGAUGGUGGCCCAGCUGAGGGAGUCGCACGCCUCCGACGGCCACGACCGCGCCGUGGACUUGACUAAAGCCUUGCGGGAGGCGACCACUUCUACCUCAAAUCUCUCUUCCAAGUUUCUUUUGCCCAACGCCUCCACCCCAACUGCCGAUGCCUUUAAAACUCAGAUGGAGUUGCUGCAAGCAGGUCUCUCAGGGACCCCCACCAGGCACCUCAUGAAUGGCUCUUUCCUGGAGGGAGACGUGCCCAUGAAGAGGAGACGAGGCCGCAGGAAAAAUGUGGAGGGGCUGGAUCUGCUUUUCAUGGGCAACAAGAGGGCAGCGCUAAGUGCUGAGGAUUCAGAAGUGACCAAAGCUUUCGCAGAAGGAGUGCAUAUGCCGCCACAACCACAGAGAAACAUUCCAUCCCCAGGCCAGCUUGACCCCAACGCCCACGUCCCAGUGAUCAAUCUGGAGGACGGGACCCGGCUAGUGGGAGAGGACGCUCCCACCAACAAGGACUUGAUCGAGUGGCUGAACCAGCACCCCACUUACACUGUUGACAUGCCAAGUUAUGUACCAAAGAACGAGGACCAUCUCCUCUCGCCGUUUCAGAAGCCCAAGCAGAAGAGGCACCGGUGUCGCAAUCCCAACAAGAUCGACAUCAACACCUUGACUGGGGAGGAGAGGGUGCCGGUAGUAAACCGAAGAAAUGGUAAAAAGAUGGGAGGAGCAAUGGCCCCUCCGAUGAAGGACUUGCCAAGGUGGCUUGAAGAAAAUCCAGAGUUUGCAAUAUCUCCAGACUGGACAGAGAUUGUCAAGCAGUCGGGCUUCCUUCCUGAGUCCAUGUUUGACCGUCUUCUGACCGGCCCGGUGGUGAGAGAGGAGGGAGCCAGUCGCAGAGGGAGGAGACCAAAGAGUGAGAUCGCCAAGGCGGCAGCCCAGGCGGCCGCCGCGGCCGCAGCCUCGUCCUCGGGCAUCAACCCCUUGCUGAUGAGCAGCCUGUUUGGAGGCAUGGACCUGGCCAGCCUGCACAACCUCCAGAACCUGCAGAGCCUGCAGCUCGCCGGCCUCAUGGGCUUCCCCCCCGGCCUGGCGGCCGCCGCUGCCGCCGGGGGCGACGCCAAGCACGCCUCCGCCAUGCUGCCCCUGAUGCUGCCCGGCAUGGCCGGCCUGCCCAACAUGUUCGGCUUGGGCGGCCUGUUCAACAACAACCUGGCGGCGGCGGCCGCCACCGUCAGCAGCAGCGCGGCCGCGGCGGCCGGGCAGGGGGAGUCCGAAGAAGGGACCGCGGCGGCCAAGACGGAGGAGAAGAAGGAGGAGGAGGGGGAGGAGAAGGAGUCGGAGAAGCCCGCCGAGGCGUCCUCGGAGGCCAACGGCGAGACCUCCCUCAACUCGGCCGCGGCAGCCGCCGCCGCCGCGGCUGCCGCCGCCGCCGGCAUGUCCACCAACCCGCUGGCCUUCAACCCCUUCCUCCUGUCCACCAUGGCCCCGGGCCUCUUUUACCCCUCCAUGUUCCUGCCCCCCAGCCUCGGCGGCCUGGCCCUGCCCGGCUUCCCCCAGGCCACGCUAGCGGGCCUCCAGAGCGCCAUGGCGGGCGCCAGCGGCGGGGCGGGCGGCGAGGAGAAGGAAGGAGCCGGCAAGGAGCCCGCCGCCAAGGCGAAGGCGGAGGACGGAGAGAACGCGGCGGAAGACAGCGACACAGACGAGAGCCAGAACAAGACUGCAGAGUCCUCCGUGCUGGAGGACGAGCUGGGACCAGCGGAGGAGCUGGACUCCCUCGACGGAGCGGAGGAGGCUGAGGAAGAGGACGACAACGAUGAAUAGUCCAGCGUCCUCCCACUGCUUUCAAGAAGUGUUUUAAACUUUUUGACAAAUGGUUAGCCCUACUGUUUACAUGCCAGUUAAAUAUCCAAACAUUUAGAUUUUGGCUUUUUUUUUUUGGUUUUUUUAUUUUGUUUUGUUUUUUGAAUCCCCCCCCCUAGUUUUCAUUUUCAAAGGCAAAAUGAAAUGGAAAACAAGAAGCUGUCUCUCUAACAUAGUGUAGCAAAAACAAAAAAAGUCAUGUUACAUGGAUGUCCAAAUGGUGUUUCUUGGUCCUUGAGUAUUGUGCAGUGCAUUAUUUAUUAUCCUAGGAGAGGUAUGAAAUUUCAAAACUUCAUCUGAAAUCUUUUAGGAAUUAAUUGCCCCAAUAGUGCUCUGCUGCUUCUUAUUUUCUUCUUUCCCUACCAUUGAUAUUGUGUUGACGAGCAGCAGCUUUCGAAAUCCAGUGGCAUACAGUUGAACGACAUUAGCAACCGCUGCUGAAAAAGGAUUAAUGAAGAUGUAUAUUUAACUUUUUUUUUCUAUGAUUUUUUGUACUGUUUUGUUUUUUGCUGUGAAGAUCAGGAUGAAAUUCAUACAUAUCAUGCCUCCAGACUCCGACUGUUCCGAGUUUCACACACUGACAAUCUAACCAGAGGUGUGAAGGACUCCGCCUGAGGAGACAGCAAUAACUAAGGCAGCUGUUGAAUGUUAGAUUAUUCUCAGAAAACGACACCGGGAGGGUGACCGCAAGAUAAAAAAAAAAAAAAAAAA